AUUAUCUUCAACUUGAAUCGUUUCGUUAAAAUAUUUUGAGUUGGUUCGAGACGUCUCCGUUAUUCUUGUAGUGCUUCUAACAUAUUUUAUUUGACGUUGCGGUUUUUGGCAACGCAUUUUUGUUUUUAGUUCGCGGAAGCAAGAUGGUUAAAUUUGCAUUUGCAAUUAUUGUUUGCUGGGCUACUUUGCUGCAUAGGACAUAUGCAAGUUGUCCAUCAAUAACCGGUGAAAACAGGCAGUACAAUGCAGGCGAGAAAGUGAGGAUGCAAUGUGGCGAAAGACCAGGUGUAUAUUAUGAGGCGGAAUGCGUAUCGAAUGGUUUCUGGAUCUACCCAACACGUGAUGCAAUUUGUAAACAUUCGACACCAGUCGCCGCACCAGCUUAUCAACCUCCAAACGCUGUCGUCGUGGUUACGAAGCCAAAAAAAUGCAAGUUCAUUCCUGGUUAUAUGCGUGAUAUAGAUGCUGGACGGAUGUGGAAGAAUGGCGAUCGAUACUGGAUGCGAUGCGAAGAUAAAAUAAGACUGUUUGCAGCCACAUGUAGUAAUAAAGCUUGGCUUUUCGAGGAAAAUGUUUGUCAGGGUCCUGCACCAACCGGUGGAAUUCUCUCAAACCUAUUUGGACCAAUGCAAGUCGGACCGCGGCCAGCAUUACCAUCAACACACCCUAGCCCAGAUGAUUAUAGUUCAGAUAAACAUACAGAAAAGCCAAUUGGCCAAGGUCUUUUUGACGGUUUCUACAAUGCUCUCGAUGGUUUGUGGGGACCGAAAGAAGGUGACGGACAAGCUUCAGGAGGUCUCAACUUGCAAGGACUUCUAGAUCCAGUGUAUGCAAUAAUAAACCCAAAACCGGACGGCCCCAAGAAAUAUAUUGAUACCCAUGAGCAUUGUCCAUACAACGAAUUCAUGGAUAUAGAGUAUCGGCAAAAGGUUUUCUCACAUGGUUACAAAUACAGGGCUCAUUGCAGUAAAGAAGAGUAUCACGAUAGAUAUUUUGUCCUAAUUUGCGAAAAUGGAGUUUGGAAGUACGAUGAAAAAGAUUGUGAAAGUAUCAACAGUUAUUUCACUCUAGCCUUCAAUGAAUGUAAGAUAUACAAAAAAUUAUUGUUUAUAAACAUACGCCGAAAACAUAUAUUCGAUCAGCCACCCCAUUACCCAAGUACCUAAUUCACUUCUAAAAUCAGACUUACAUCGUCAGUAGAAAAAAAUCUUUUACGUAUCAAGUCGCCACCAGUGUUGGCAUUUCCUGCAUAGAAGGCAAGCAGAAAAUAAUUCAGUGUUUCCAAUUUUUUAUCACCUCAAACACUGCAGCUAUUGACUGAUGUACCGAUCAUACUUUAGUUCAUCAAACUCUUUUGAUUUCUGGCAAAUUUCCGAGCUUUUUGAUGAUACUUCAAGUUUAAAGAUGGGAUAUAAUAUAACAUUUUUAUUGUUUUUUGCAGAUCCAUAUUGGCUCCUUUCACUUUUGUUUAGGGGUUAAAUGCCGUGCGUUCGGAAAGAUCUUGGAAGUGUUGGGAAGCAAAUUUACAACUGCUCAAAUUCACGAUUCCUCAAUGAAGCUUUGGAAAAAUCCGUCUUAACUUGAACAUUACAAAAAAAAAACAUUUAUAUUGUCUCGUUUGGAUAUUAAGAGUGAACGUAUGAUUAGGGUUAUUGUCAAUAAAUCUUUCAUGAUGGCAGCUCCUGUUUUCCUUUAAUUCAUUUGUUAUGAGUGUUAUAUUGGUCAUUUAUGUCGAUAUAUCUAAACAUUUUUUUACAUGAUGGUGUCUUUGUUUUGUUUAUUUAUAGUACUGAACAAUGUUUACAAUAAAUGGAAAUUAGAAUUCA